GCAUAAUAUUUAUAGAAAAAAAGUGUAGCAACACUCUCAUUGCGUGUUUAUUUACUCUCUGCAUUUAAUGUGCUUCAGUAGUUAAGCGUGACUUUUUCCGCUUUUGCCCGGGCAAUCCCUAUCGAGUUAUCCGCCAUUGAUAUACAUACACCUUUACAUAUAUAUAUAUAUAUAGCGAUUUAUCUAUAUUUAUCGGUAAUUUAGACUGAAAGCGAUGGAGUUGAGCACGCUUACCUUGGAGAUUUUCUCCAAGCUCGAGCAGCAAUGGCUGCACCACUGCGAGAGCAAAAAAACCCGCGCCCUCAGCAUUGACGGCGGAGGAACCACCGCCAUUGUCGCCUGCGCCGCUUUGGCCCGCCUCGAGGACCAGAUCCAGGAGAAAACCGGCGAUCCCAACGCUCGCGUGGCUGAUUUCUUCGACAUCGUCGCCGGCACCGGAAUCGGCGCCCUCCUCGCCGCGAUGCUCGUCGCAGACGACGGCUCCGGCCGUCCGCUGCACACCGCGAGGGACGCCGCAGGGUUCCUAAUGGAGAAUCGCGGCCGGCUGUUCAAAUCGAGAACCGCCGGCGUCUUCCGACGCCGGACGAGGUUUUCCGGUGGAAGCAUGGACGCCGUACUGAAGGAGGCGUUCCGGAGGGAAGACGGGAAGGUGAUGAAGAUCUCCGACGCGUGCAAGCCGCUGCUCGUGCCGUGCUUCGAUCUGAUCAGCUCGGCGCCGUUCGUGUUCUCACGAGCCGACGCCGCCGGCUCGCCUAGCUUCGACUUCGAGCUGUGGCGGGUGAUUCGAGCCGCGACGGCGACGCCGCCGGUGCUCAAGCCGUACAAGCUCUCGUCCGUGGACGGCAAAACGACCUGCCUGGCAGUUGACGGCGGACUCGUGAUGAACAACCCGACGGCGGCGGCCGUCACGCACGUGCUGCACAACAAGCGCGAUUUCCCGUCGGUGACCGGAGUUGAGGAUCUGCUGGUUCUGUCGAUCGGUAACGGACCAAUGAGCAGCCCGUCGGGGCUGAAGCUCCGCCGCGACGGCGAGUGCUCGACGGAGACGGUCGUCGGAAUCUCCCUCGACGGCGUAUCGGAGACCGUCGACCAGAUGUUGGGCAACGCCUUCUGCUUGAAUCCCAUGGAUUACGUCAGAAUUCAGGCUAACUGCGAGGGUGAAGACGUUCUGGCGGAGAGGGGAGUGGAGUCGUUGCCGUUUGGGGGAAAACGGCUGUUGACGGAGACCAACGGCCAGAGGAUUGAAAGGUUUGUGCAGCGGCUUGUUGCGACGGGAAAGGGUAGCCUGCCGCCGAGUCCGUGCAAAGAGACGGCCCUUAGUCCCCUGGUUAACGGCCGUUAGAUUCCUGUUGGUUUAUCUGUACCUUUUGUCAACUUUGCUUUGUUAGCAGUACAUUUUAAUAAUAAUGUUUAAUUAUGUAGUGCAUACUAUUAAUUAAUUACUGCCGUGUAAUUAAUCAGCUAGACAUUACCCUACCUCUCUCGCACUUGAUUAAUAGAGGCUCUUAAAUAUGCAUUAUGAUAUUUGUAUUUAAUUCACAUUAAGAUAACCUCAUUUAUGAGCAGCUAAUAAAGUAAAUUAUAUCUCGAAA